AUGGGAAUUGAUUUGAAAUCAGUUUUCAGCCAAAUUGACGCCGAUUACGAUAAUCUUAAAAGUAUUCUCAAAGAGGCUGUCGCGAUUCAAAGCGUUUCCGGUGAUCCAUCAAGACGUGAUGAUACAAUUCGUAUGGUUCAUUGGAUGAAAGAGCGUCUGGAAAGGGUCGGAGCUACAUGCAAGUUGGCGGACUUGGGAAGCCAAAAGUUGGAGGGAAAGACUAUUCCACUACCACCGGUUAUAUUGGGAGCGUUGGGUAGCGAUAAGAAAAAGAAGACACUUCUGGUCUAUGGUCAUCUAGAUGUUCAGCCAGCCUCAAAGUCAGAUGGUUGGGACACUGAGCCGUUUGAGCUUGUUGAAAAAGAUGGCAAAAUGUACGGAAGAGGCUCGUCUGAUGACAAGGGACCAGUUCUUUGCUGGCUACACGCCAUUCAGGCUGCCCAAAAAAACAACAUUGAACUUCCGGUGAAUAUCAAGUUUUGUUUCGAGGCUAUGGAAGAGUCGGGAUCUGUCGGACUGGAGGAGCUAUUGAUUCGUGAGAAGGAUGGAUUUUUGGCUGAUGUAGACUUUGUCUGUAUCUCUGACAGUUACUGGCUUGGCACCAAAAAGCCCUGCCUCACAUAUGGUCUCAGAGGAAUCUGCUCAUUUUUCGUCGAAGUGACUGGAAUUAAACAAGAUCUUCAUUCUGGAGUAUUUGGAGGAGUUGUCCAUGAGCCCCUUCAGGAUUUAAUGUGGAUUAUGUCGCAGUUGACGACUGUUGAUAAUCGCAUUAACAUUCCAGGAAUAAAUGAUCAAGUGGCGCCAUUGGGAAAAGAUGAAGAAAAGACCUAUGACGACAUCGAAUUUGACGUCGCUGAGUUCCGUGAUAGUGUUGGAGCAUCGAAACUUCCAACGGAAGAUAAGAAGACGUUGCUAUUGAGAAGAUGGCGGGAACCAUCGUUGGCAUUCCAUGGCAUUGAAGGUGCAUUUUAUGGACCCGGUGAGAAAACCGUCAUACCUUCAAAGGUUAUCGGGAAGUUCUCAAUCAGAAUUGUGCCAAAUAUGGAGCCAGAGCAUGUUAACAAGAUAACCAUUGAUUAUUUGAAUGAUCUUUGGAAGAAAAGAGGAUCUCCAAAUACUUUCAAUCCUCGUCCUGGUCACAGCGCGAAACCCUGGGUGGCCGAUGUGAAUGAUCCGAACUUUUUGGCUGGUGCCCGUGCCAUGAAAUAUGUGCAUGGAGUCGAGCCUGACAGAAUUCGCGAGGGCUGCAGCAUCCCGAUAACACUGACAUUCCAAGAACUCACUGGCAAAAGUGUGCUUCUCCUUCCACUCGGUGCUGCUGAUGACAUGGCCCACUCACAGAACGAGAAAAAUAACAAGUGGAACUACUUGGAAGGAGUCAAGACUCUUCUUUCCUACAUCAUCGAGCUAGGAAAUGCUUGA